AAACAUUUGGCUGCGCGCUUUUCGUCAAUGACUAAGAAAAUAUGCGUUUCAUUGCACCUCCAAUCUUGCGGUAGCACUCUGUAGAAGACAAGAAUAUGCCGCGAGUCAUCAAACGUACGCCCGAAUGGCUCGUCGAGCCUUCGCCGGGCCAUCAUCUUUUCAGUUUUCAAGGCUCCAAGCUGCACGGUCACGGCAGCCGCGCCACCGACACAUCUCCUACGGGCUCGUUAAGAACGAUUGCCAAGGGAAGAGGAUCCGAAAUAUUCGUUGCUUCGGGAAAUGAGCUGCGAUGGGCAGAUCUCGGGGCGUUAAAGCAGGAUUUCCAGGAGGUUGAGGCAAUGAGGAAUAGAGCUUCACAAACAGCAGGCCAUAAAGCAGGGGAUGCGGAGUCUGGCUAUCGGACGCUUAAGGUUCCCGGCUCUGGAACCAUCACGCAGCUAGUCGUUUCGCCUGAAAGGGAGUUUCUUGCCAUCGUUCGCUCCCACCAGAUUUAUGUUGCUAUCCUUCCUGAUCUUCGUCAUCUGCGCGAGACAGAUGUUGGCACGUACAAGCUGAAGUGCUUCCAUCUCGGACCCACAAUUCACUGCGUCGAAGAGGCAGCCGUCGUGUCUGUGUUGUGGCAUCCACUUGGCGAGUAUGGCCGUUGUCUUGUGACGGUCACGUCAGACUCCGUGGUCCGCUUAUGGGAGAUCAGUAAAGACGAUCGCUCGACCUUCGAACAACCCUCCACCGCUAUCGAUCUCAAAAAAUUAGCAAACGCAGUGUCUGCAGAUCAAGACUUUAGUGCCUCUAAAUUUGGGUCCGCAAAAGGGUUCACUCCAGACUCUGCAGAACUAGAGCCUGCAGCCGUAUGUUUUGGCGGCAGAGGUUUUGAAGGUGAGAACCCGUGGCACUCAAUGACACUGUGGCUGGCGACGAAAGGUGGUGAUAUAUACACGUUAUGCCCCUUGCUUCCGAAGCGGUUCGAGACUGCAGCAGACUUUAUCGAAUCGUUGUCUGUCCUUGUUGCUGCGAAACAACUGGAAGCCCAAGAGGAUAAGACGAAAUUGUUAACCUCAGAUGCUCAGGCCGAGUUUCUGGCGAGUCUGCAAGAGCAGGAGCCUAUGCUUGCGCAAGGAGCCUCGGAGUUCGAGACACGAUACAUAUACUGUAAACCACAUCGCCCAGGACCGGCACCGAAGCUGCAGGGACCAUUUGAGAUCGAUCCGGAGUUAGAGGAAGAUUCGGAAUUCGUUGAUAUCUACGUGACACCCUUUGAGACACCACAAGAGCAGGCAUUCGAUGAAGACCAAGAACUCCCAGGCUCAUCGUCACUGGUCUGUGUUUUGACCAGUCUCAACCAGGUCCUCACAAUGGUUGAUUUCGAUGGUAUUGAUGGGCAGUGGGUGCCCUCUCGUGGAACGCCAUUUUCCACGCCAAAAAAUCGUGGUGUAAUUGUCCCUGAGGAUUACCACACCUUGAAUCUUUUCGAAAUAAUUCACUUAAACUCCCAAAACGAUAAUAUUUCGAUGAAUUUCUCAACUAUUACCCCGGAUAUUGUCUCCCCCCACGCCUUUUUUGUAACCGGCAGCACAGGCGUACAUUAUAUCUCCGCUGCUCGCUGGACCCGAAACAUACUGAACGAGCUCGCAGAAAAAGACGAUGUCAACAAUACCAGCAGCAUCAGACUGGACACGCUCCUUGAGAGUGCUCAAUCUCUAGUCGAGCAUCUCAUUGUCUUUCCUAGGCUUGCUAGCAGCUCCAGUUCACCCCCACCAGUCGCAUGCCUUGUAUUUGCAGACAGCCACAUUUCUCGUUCCGGACUUGGGUAUUUCAUCUUAACCACUCGUGCGAAUGAGCCUUGGGCUGCGCAGCUGGAUAUAUCAGACUCCGAUCUGUCCACCUUAGCCGACGCUGAAAUUUCGUUUGACGAUCUCGAUUCGAUUGAGACGUACUCUCUUGAACCUUACCAGCGCAAGCUCAUCCUUGCCGAACCUCGAGACGUCUAUCGUCCUGAUCCAGCAUUUGAGAGACCCUCGGUGCUGCCAACGUUUAUUCGGGAACAGUCGUCUGACCGGAAAACAGCUGUACUGUUGAUGGAAGACGUGGACCUUGAGAGUAUGCCGCUACUUGAAAUAAUGAUAGCAACUCACCAUCGCAUUCAAGGAGAAUUUGAGGGCCUAAAUAAGGCCGCAAACGGCCUCUUUACACAGACCAAGCGCUUGCGUGAUAGUCUACUGGAGCAGAUCAGAAGGGUACGAGAAUUGAAGGAGAUCGUGGAGCGGGUCACAGGCGACGACGACGAGAAUGGUGGAAGUGAAGACUGUGGUCUUCAAAGUGAGGUCGUGAAGUUGAAUUUGCGCGUCACGGAGGCAAGGGAGAGGCAAAAGAAUCUUGCGGAACGGGUCGACCGUCUCAAGAACAGUCUCUCUCGCAUAUCCACAAAACAACUCAGCGACAAAGAGAAGGCCUUCAAAAAGGAGCUGGAGGACUUUGACUGCAAAUUGAACAGCGGGGAGUAUAGCCCCAGAGGAGGUGUGAAAUCUUCCGCGCUCAUGGACCGGAUCAUGGAGGUCACAACUUUGAGCGCAUCGCUGACAAAACAAGCGAAAGAGAGUCUUGAGGAAGGCGAAGGCCAGAAUAAGCGAGUUGGAAGCAAGGGUAACGUGUCUAGUGGAUUUAGAAAGGCGAAGAUUCAAGGAGUCAUGGAGCUUUUGGAGAGGGAGCAGAUAGCGGUUGACCGCGCUGCCGAGAAGUUGGAAAGACUCAAAGUUUGAAGUCAUUCCCAUCUUUGCAGCAGUCUAGAUAUCAGGCUCUUCACGAUAGUAUAAUAAACGGGGAAAGAAAGACGUUUCCUUUGAAGAUGGACACACUUUCUCUAGAUUGAAUAGACGUUAGCAUUGCGUAUUUCCUCCCUCCCCCAAAAUGCAUGC